GAUAACUGUUCCUUGCGGCACAGAGUUGGGAGUGUGCGGCGGUCACUUCGCGCAAGGUGCAACACGGAGGAUUGCCGGAGAGGAUACGGCUCCUAAUAGGAUUUGUUCGGCGCAAGAAGAGGUGCAGCAAGGAACACCGCGCCGAAAUUACUUCUUUUUUUUUUCUGCCACUGGACAGCAGGCAACUAAAGCAAAAUGCCGAAACCGGUAAAUGUGCGGGUGACCACGAUGGACGCGGAACUGGAGUUCGCGAUCCAGGCGAGCACCACGGGCAAGCAGCUCUUUGAUCAGGUGGUGAAGACAAUAGGCCUUCGAGAGAUUUGGUUUUUUGGCCUUCAGUACACUGACAACAAAGGCUACAUCACAUGGCUCAAGCUGAACAAAAAGGUGCUCAGUCAAGAUGUGAAGAAGGAAAACCCGCUGCUCUUCAAAUUCCGUGCCAAAUUCUACCCAGAAGAUGUUGCAGAGGAACUUAUCCAGGAAAUCACUCAGCGUCUCUUCUACCUGCAAGUCAAGAGCGUCAUUCUGACCGACGAGAUCUACUGUCCACCAGAGACGUCUGUCCUGCUGGCCUCUUAUGCGGUGCAGGCCAAAUACGGCAACUACUGCCCAGACAUCCACAAGCCAGGCUGCCUAGCCAACGACAGGUUGCUGCCUCAGAGGGUCAUGGAUCAACACAAGCUGACCAAGGAACAGUGGGACGAGAGGAUAACCAACUGGUGGGCAGAGCACAAAGAACUUCACAGGGAUGAUGCUAUGAUGGAAUACCUGAAGAUUGCCCAGGAUCUUGAAAUGUACGGCGUCAACUACUUUGAAAUCAAGAACAAAAAGGGCACAGACCUCUGGCUUGGUGUCGAUGCCCUUGGCCUUAACAUCUACGAGAAGGAUGACAAGCUGACACCCAAGAUAGGUUUUCCAUGGAGUGAGAUCAGAAACAUCUCUUUCAACGACAGGAAGUUUGUCAUCAAGCCCAUUGACAAGAAGGCGCCUGACUUCGUGUUCUUCGCUCCCCGACUGCGGAUCAACAAGCGCAUUCUGGCAUUGUGCAUGGGCAACCACGAGCUCUACAUGCGGCGCCGAAAGCCUGACACCAUUGAGGUGCAACAGAUGAAGGCGCAGGCCCAGGAGGAGAAGCUGGCCCGCAAGCAGGAAAGGGAGAAGCUCCGUAAGGAGACGGAGGCCCGCGAGAUGGCCGAGAAGAAGCAGCAGGAGUACGCCGAGCGGCUGCGCCAGAUGCAGGCAGAGAUGGAGCAGCGGCAGCAGGAGCUGACCACGGCGCGGGACACCAUCAUGCGGCUUGAGGAGCAGCUGCGGCAGGUGCAGGCAGCCAAGGAGGAAUUCGAGCGGAAGCAGCGAGAGCUGGAGGACAUGAUGCGCAAGCUGGAGAACGACAAGCUCAUGGAGACCGAGGAGAAGGCGCGCCUCGAGGAGGCCAUUCGCGAGAAGCAAAUCGAGGUGCAGCGCAUGCAGGAGGAGGUCAACACCAAGGACGAAGAGACCCGCAGGCUCCAGGAAGAAGUGGAGGAGGCCCGCCGGCGGCAGCAAGAAGCGGCGGAGGCACUGGUGCAGGCAUCGAGCACGCCCCAGCAUCACCACGUCGCCGAGGCUGAGGACGAGGGCGAGAACGACGAGGAGCUUGCCAAUGGGGAACUGGGUAAGCGGGGAAGCUGCAGCAGCGAGGAGGAGCCCGCCUUGCCACUCACGGCCAACGGUGCAGAGUUCACAAACCACGAAAACGAGAACGUCCCUCGGCCAGAAGAAGAGCGAUCCACAGAAGUUUCUAAAAAGAAGGCGCUUGGAGACCAGCUUGAGAUGCUGAGCAAGGAGCUUUCAGCCAUGAAGGAUGACGCCAAGCUGACUCGCAACGACAUCCUGCAUCAGGAGAACGUUCGACAGGGUCGCGACAAGUACAAGACGCUCCGCGAGAUCCGCAAGGGCAACACGAAGCGCCGCGUAGAUCAGUUCGAGAACAUGUAGACGCACUUUUCUUUCCACCCAACCCUCCCCUUUGCUCCCACCCUCAUGCCCCCUCUGCCCCUACAGUCUUCCAUACAUUACAACCUCCCUCCUCGGCACGUGCGUUCCUUUACCCCAGACUUCUUUCCGUGUCAUCCUCCUCCCCCCCCCCCUUAUUUUUUUUACUCCCUUCGUGUGCUCUGCACGCCGAAGAAACUGCAAGGAAUCUUUUUUCUCAUCGUCGUUACGGACACAUUCUUCCUUUAUCUCUGUUUGUAGUGUGUCAUCGAUGCUUUGUCGAUUCGCUUUUUUUCUCUUCCUGGGCGUGCUUAGCAUAGACUGAAGCGAGCAUUCCAGGCUUGAGGAGUGUAGCCAUCUUGCAUGGGGAGGGGGUUGGCCUGUGGGUGUUGGAGAGGUGCCGAGGGGGAGAGGGGCACUGUUGAUGACGAGCGAGAAAGAAAAUGCAGAUACACGCUUCGCAGUGCCGUUGUUGCUAGUUGCGGUAGAAUCGGGAGACGCGGCGCGUGUUGAGACUGUUAUACCUGAGGGCUCCAAGAGCCCUCGUUGAGUUUUUUUUACAUAAGGCAGGGUCAUGGUCAGUGCCUACAAAGAUCUUGUUAGUAAUGCGCACCAUAAUCUUUUUUUUCCCCUCCGGUUCGCAUUACUUUGUACGGUCACUAGCCGAACGGUGGCUCCCUCUGCCUUUUCCCCUCCCAGUGUAGGACUGUUAACAUGUUUGUGUCCAUGUCUUUUGCUACAAGCUUUGUACACAGACCUUCAUACUGUGCUUUUCGAAGAUCUUUAUUAUUAGAAUUACUAUACUCGCGUCCGUGGAGGUAGCACAUUUUUUUUUACGACAGUAAUCGGUGCCCUCUAAGAAUUGUGCCUUCAGAGGAGUAUUUUUCGGAAAGCAGGCUUAUAGGCAAACAAGGUGCUGUAUCGCUCAACAUUGGCGUACUCCUUAAGUGUUGCAACAAAUUUUUUUUAAAGGAAGAGGGCGUGUUGAUACUGUUGCCACUUCUCUCCAGACGUGCCUGUUCUUCUCAACGAAGUAUUGUUUACUUAGACUGUUUUGUGGCAUUACUUUGUUUUGUGCUGUUUAUGCAUCUUUUUUUCUUUCUCUAAUGUGCAUAACCUCUGGAGAGACAAUAUCCUAGUGAAAUGUGAACUGGUUGGAUGAACUGUUCAUAAAUUAAAACUAUUUUUUUUCUGAGCCAAAACAAAUAAAUGAAGUCCAGUUUUAUAAA